CAGCAUCCGAUUUCCUUUGUCCGGGCUUUCUAUCCAUCCUCUUAGCUCCUCGAUUCCGCUAUGUGGCUCGUCAACUGGUUCUACGAUGUCCUGGCUUCGCUCGGCCUGCUGAACAAGCACGCCAAGCUGCUUUUCCUCGGUCUGGAUAACGCCGGCAAGACUACGCUGCUGCACAUGUUGAAGAACGACCGAGUCGCUGUCCUCUCGCCCACCGCCCACCCGACCUCCGAGGAGCUGGCUAUCGGCAACAACCGCUUCACGACCUUCGAUCUGGGUGGUCACCAGCAGGCCCGUCGUCUCUGGAAGGACUACUUCCCCGAAGUCAGCGGUAUCGUCUUCCUCGUCGAUGCCAAGGACUACGAGCGCUUCCCCGAGUCCAAGGCCGAGCUUGACGCUCUUCUGGCCAUGGAGGACCUCGCCAAGGUUCCCUUCCUUGUCCUCGGAAACAAGAUCGACCACCCCGACGCCGUGAGUGAGGACGAGCUGCGCCACCAGCUGGGUCUGUACCAGACCACCGGCAAGGGCAAGGUCCCGCUCGAGGGAAUCCGGCCCAUUGAGCUGUUCAUGUGCAGUGUCGUCAUGAGACAGGGCUACGGCGAGGGUAUCCGCUGGCUGUCCCAGUACGUCUAAGCUACCGGCUUAGUCCUAAACACCACACCAGACCAAAUUGGUAUUCCACGUCUUGACCCAAGUUUGGAAAUCGCUUUACCCCUUC